AUGCACGGUCGUCGCGACGCCUGCGUCCCUUCCCUAGCACAUGUACUGCUCGUCGCGGCGGCGCUGAUGAUCCCUUUCGCUGCCGCGCAGCCGUGGCAGGCCUGCGACAGCCAGAGCGGCAACUACUCCGCGGGCAGCACCUACGCGGACAACCUCCUGCGGCUCGUCUCCAUCCUCCGCGCCAACGCCUCCAACUCGCCCGCGCUCUUCGCGUCGGGCUCCGCCGGCGCCGGCGCGGACGCCGUCUACGGCCUCGUGCUCUGCCGCGGCGACGUCAGCGCGUCCGACUGCUUCGACUGCGGCACCCGCGCCGCCGAGGACGUGCAGCGGGUCUGCAACCGCACCCGCGACGCCGCGCUCGUCUACAACCAGUGCUACGUCCGCUUCGCCGCCGCCGACUUCCUCGCCUCGCCCGACAACACCGGCAUGGUGCCCCUCAUCAGCGGCACCAGCAUCCCCAGCGGCGUCGACGCCGUGGCCUACGUCGGCGCGGUCGCGAGACUUCUCAACGCCACCGCCCGGUACGCGGCGGAGAACUCGGUCCCGUCGUCGCCGCUGCCGAGGUUGUACUUCGCCACGGGGCAGCUGGUGGGGCUCGACCCGCGGGUGCCCAACAUCUGGUCCAUGGCGCAGUGCGCGGGAGACCUGUCGCCGGCGCAGUGCCUGCGUUGCCUCGAUGAUCUGGUGAUGCUGUGGUGGAAGAGUGGGUCAUUGCCCAACGGGGAGGGCGCGAGGCUCGCCGGCUCGCGCUGCAACCUCAGGUCCGAGCUCGGGGACAAGUUCUACACCGGCACUCCGAUGGUGAAGCUACAGAUGAACGGUGACGCGGCCGUUCCGUCGCCGUCUACGGAUGUUGUGCCGGCCACUGUAGGAGGUCAGUACUACUCAUCCACUCCAGAUUAA